UUCACGUUCACCAUGACCAAUGCUAAGGUGACGGGACUGUUACCAAUAAAGCAACAAAAGGGGAUACAAACAGGUUCAUUCGCCGUUACGGGUGGUAUUGCACGGGACUCUUUUGUCAUUCCGGAAACAAGUGUAUAUAAUCCACCGCCUGGACCACCUCCCGUGGCCGUAUACCUUCCCCCACCUGGUCCACCACCUCCAAAUACAAUACCUUUUACUUCUCUGCCACCAUCCGCUCAACCACUUCGUGAGACGUUUAAUAACAGGAUACCCGGCGGAAUAGAAGUGGAUAUUCGGUCCGCAGGAUUAGGCGUCAUGCGCAUACUCCCUGACGAGACCAUAGCAGAAGGGGUGCUAUCCUUGCUGAAUGCCCAGGAUUUGGUGACCCUAUCAAAUGUCUCGCGUAUUUUAUAUAUUUUUGCACGAGAUGAUCAACAAUGGCGACGCAUCUGUUUGGAGAGAUGGGGACGAGCUGGAUCCGUUUCUGGAGGUCUUGUUUUCAAGGGUACCUGGCGGCUUACAUACUAUUUCCCUGGCACGAUGAACGAGAGUUUUCGCGAAAAGUUUGAAUUUGCGCGGGUACAUGCUCAUUGUUCAUUAACUGUUGAUGGUCUUGUUUCUCCGUAUCUUCAUGCCAAGUGGUGCCGCUGCCAUAUGGACCUAUCUCGGUUCCACGUUGAUACAAAACUGACUACAGCGGAAACCACAAUUGAGCGAGUGUCUGGACGCACUCUUACAGCUGUGCAAUUUCAGUCCCGCUAUGAGUCAUUAUCGAAGCCUAUUGUCAUUGCAAUGGACGGCAUCGCGAGCAGCUGGCCUGCUUUGACGACCUGGUCCUUGAAAGCGCUACUUACAAAGUAUGGAGAUAUUCACUUCAAAGUGGGUAAUGAGUACGGGCAUCCACGAAAAGUCGGGAUGAAGUUCUCGUCAUAUGUGGACUAUAUGCUCCAACAAAACGAUGAGUCUCCUCUGUACGUCUUUGAUGACCGUUUUGCGGAGAAAGCGCCAGAUAUGCUGCGCGAUUAUGAAGUACCUUCAAUAUUCGCGGAGGAUUUUUUAUCUGUUCUUGGAGAGGAGCGCCCGCCUUUUCGAUGGUUGGUGAUAGGACCUGCACGCUCAGGAGCAUCAUGGCACAUUGACCCGCUGGGCACUUCGGCAUGGAAUACCCUCUUAUCUGGCCGCAAAAGAUGGGCAUUGUACCCUCCCGACAAGUUGCCCCCGGGAGUUCAUCCAAGCGAUUUGUCCUCACCUUCGACACUGUACUGGUAUCUUGAAGUAUACCCUUUCCUUCCGCCAGAACUCAAGCCAAUAGAGAUUGUCCAGGAACCGGGGGAAACGAUUGUGGUUCCUGCGGGAUGGUGGCAUGCAGUAUUGAAUUUGGAUCAAUGCAAUAUUGCUAUUACACAGAAUUGGUGUGGGCGAUGGAAUUUGGAUGGUGUUGUUGAGGAAAUGGCCAGUUCUUUGGAGAACAAGUACCAUAAACUAUAUUGGAAAUUUAGGCAGCGCAUGAUAGAAGAACACCCGAAUCUCGGUUUUGUUUUCGAUUCUUUUGGACGCACCACCGACCCACUCAUCCUUGCCGAGGGAUAUGCCACAAAGGGGGAGUUUUGCCAGGGGUUUACGUCAGAACCGGCAAAAUGGAUACCGAGAAUUAAUCAGGUAUGGGAGCGGGAAUUCGGUCAUGAGGGGCCUGUGGAAGAGGAGGAUGUCGAGCCUAUGGAGCAUCUGGGAGAAAAUCCGAUUUAUUUCCAUUUUGAGAGCGAGCGCGUCAUCAAGUUUUAUUCGCACUUGGGUCGGGGUCUGGUGUCCUAUGCAUCCGAGGUAGACGCCUUGACGUCCAUAGGGGCACUUCCACAAACCAGCCUACUGCAUGCUGUCUGUCCACAGAUGGUCGCUCACGGCAUGCUUUUCAAACCAGGCCCAUCAUCGUGGCCUUGGCCAUAUGGCAUCCAAACGCACGUAGGUUCUGAAGAGUCACAUGCAAUGGGGGAGUCUGCAAAUCUAUUUACCCCCGGUGAUUGGAUUAACUUGACAAACUGGAUUGGAACCGUUUUACGAGAAUUACAUCGCACGCCCGUCCGGCAAAGUAAGAUUAUCCUUCAGGGUGAGGAUACCACGUCCCGGGAUUGGACAGUAUACCUGCGCAAAAGGAUCAAAGCCGCGAGAAGAGAUCACACCCGAUGGGGGCACCUCCCAUCCGCUUUGAUCAGUACCCUGGAAGACUAUAUCCAACAAGCUUUACCAGCGAUAUCCCCCAACGUGUCUGACCUCGGGUUUCCAAGUGCAAAUCUCCUUCAUGGGGACCUGACUGCUGGAAACAUUAUCGGACACUGGAAACUCGAUCAAACCUCCCAAAGAAACAACUGGGUACCUACCCAUAUCAUUGACUUUGGGGAUGCAUUUCUUGCUCCUUCCGACAGCGACAUCCGACUGGACCCCUUGUGGGACAUGGCGUUUUUGUAUGUGACGACAUUACGAUGCCAGGUAUCAUUACUGCAUAGACUUUUGGAUAUUUAUUUAGGAUGCAGUAGCUGGAGAUCAAAGUGGAGCUGGAUUAGAGAGAGAAUGUGUGCGUACGUUCUUCUUUGGAGUUAUGAAGCGGGUAUUAAAGGAAUUAAAGGGAAUGCGGGCAUCCCCGAUGGGAUAGAUAAUUGGCAUGAGUUUGAAGUAAAAGUGUUUGGAGAACUAUAAUUUAUUCCUAUAUUCACGUCUCAGG